AUGGAAAGAGUCAACCAAACCAGCAGUGUCUCUAAGUUCAUCCUCCUGGGACUCUCCUCUCAGCCCAAGGACCAGAAGCCACUCUUUACCCUCUUCCUCACCAUAUACCUGGUCACCAUCACAGGAAACCUGCUCAUCAUCCUGGCCAUCCGCUCGGACCCCCAGCUCCAGACUCCCAUGUAUUUCUUCCUGACUUUCCUGUCUUUCACUGACAUUUGCUUCACAACAACCAUUGUCCCCAGGAUGCUGGUGAACUUCUUGUCCCAUAAGACCAUCUCCUAUGCUGGGUGUCUGACUCAGAUGUAUUUUCUAUAUGCCUUGGGAAACACUGACAGUUUCCUUCUAGCAGUCAUGGCCUUUGACCGCUAUGUGGCCAUCUGUGAUCCCUUCCACUAUGUCACCAUCAUGAGUCACCACCGCUGUGCCCUGAUGGUGGCCCUCUCCUGCUCAUUGCCUCACCUCCACUCACUGCUACACACACUUCUGCUGAAUCAGCUCACCUUCUGUGACUCAAAUAUCAUCCAUCACUUUCUCUGUGAUAUCAGUCCUCUGAUGAAAUUGUCAUGCUCCUCCACAUUUGUCAAUGAAACUGUGAUGAUGACAGAAGGAUCUUUUAUUUUAGUGACCCCCUUUCUAUGCAUUACUUUCUCUUACAUACGAAUCCUCACCGUGGUUCUCAAAAUUCCCUCAGCUGCUGGCAAACGCAAAGCCUUCUCCACUUGUGGUUCUCAUGUCACUGUGGUGACACUCUUUUAUGGAAGCAACUUCUAUGUCUAUUUACAGCCUGUGUCCUCCUACACCAUCAGGGACCACAUGGCAACAAUCGUCUACACAGUUUUAACCUCCACACUAAAUCCUUUUAUCUAUAGCCUGAGAAACAAAGACCUGAAACAGGGCCUGAGGAAGCUGGUGGUCAGGAGCAAAUUCCAGGCAACAUCCCCUUGAUUAACACACGAUGGACUAUUCUCUCCUGGAAUCUGUUUCCUACUGGUUCUUGGUGAACAAUCAAACUCUUGGAAGUUAGCCUCUUUGCCCCAUGUGAGACAAGGCUGCUGUGGGCACUUACAUCCAUGGAUGAGGACCCAUCAUUUUGCUCUGCUUCUGCUUAGAGCAUGAUACACUCCCUCACUAUUCCUCCUCU